CGGCCGCCACUGCGGCCGCAGGAGGCGCCGUCUCGCUCCCAGGUGCGCGCUUCGUUCCCGGAGCCGCGGAGCUCGGCGGCCGCCAUGGCGUCCAACAUGGACCGGGAGAUGAUCCUGGCGGAUUUUCAGGCAUGUACUGGCAUUGAAAACAUCGAUGAAGCUAUUACAUUGCUUGAACAAAAUAACUGGGACUUGGUGGCAGCUAUCAAUGGUGUAAUACCCCAGGAAAAUGGCAUUUUACAAAGUGAUUUUGGAGGUGAGACCAUGCCAGGACCCACAUUUGAUCCAGCAAGUCACCCUGCUCCAGCUCCGACUCCCUCCUCUUCAGCGUUUCGACCUGUAAUGCCAUCCAGGCAGAUUGUAGAAAGGCAGCCUCGAAUGCUAGACUUCAGAGUUGAGUACAGAGACAGAAAUGUUGAUGUGGUACUCGAAGACAGCUGUACUGUUGGAGAGAUUAAACAGAUUCUAGAAAAUGAACUUCAGAUACCUGUGCCUAAAAUGCUGUUAAAAGGCUGGAAGACUGGAGAUGUGGAAGACAGUACGGUCUUAAAAUCACUACACUUGCCAAAAAACAACAGUCUUUAUGUUCUUACACCAGACUUGCCACCACCUUCAUCAUCUAGUCAUGCUGGUGCCCUGCAGGAAUCAUUAAAUCAAAACUUCAUGCUGAUCAUCACCCACCGAGAAGUCCAGCGGGAGUACAACCUGAACUUCUCAGGAAGCAGUACUGUUCAAGAGGUAAAGAGAAAUGUGUAUGACCUUACAAGCAUACCUGUUCGACAUCAGUUAUGGGAGGGCUGGCCGCCGUCGGCUACUGAUGAUUCAAUGUGUCUUGCUGAGUCAGGGCUCUCUUAUCCCUGCCACCGACUUACUGUGGGAAGAAGAACUUCACCCGUACAGACCCGUGAGCAAUCAGAAGAGCAAAGCACGGACGUUCAUAUGGUUAGUGAUAGUGAUGGAGACGACUUUGAAGAUGCUUCUGAAUUUGGAGUGGAUGACGGAGAAGUAUUUGGCAUGGCAUCAUCUGCCCUGAGAAAAUCUCCAAUGAUGCCAGAAAACGCAGAAAAUGAAGGAGAUGCCUUAUUACAAUUUACAGCAGAGUUUUCUUCAAGAUAUGGUGACUGUCAUCCUGUAUUUUUUAUUGGCUCAUUAGAAGCUGCUUUCCAAGAGGCCUUCUAUGUGAAAGCCCGAGACAGAAAGCUUCUUGCUAUCUACCUCCACCAUGAUGAAAGCGUACUAACCAACGUGUUCUGCUCACAAAUGCUUUGUGCUGAAUCCAUUGUUUCUUACCUGAGUCAAAAUUUUAUAACCUGGGCUUGGGAUCUGACAAAGGACGCCAACAGAGCAAGAUUUCUGACAAUGUGCAAUAGACACUUUGGCAGUGUUAUUGCACAAACCAUUCGGACUCAAAAGACAGAUCAGUUUCCACUUUUCCUGAUUAUCAUGGGAAAACGAUCAUCUAAUGAAGUGUUAAAUGUGAUACAAGGUAAUACGACGGUGGAUGAGUUAAUGAUGAGACUGAUGGCUGCAAUGGAGAUUUUCUCAGCUCAACAACAGGAAGACAUAAAAGAUGAGGAUGAACGUGAAGCCAGAGAAAAUGUGAAGAGAGAGCAAGAUGAGGCGUAUCGCCUUUCCCUUGAGGCUGACAGGGCAAAGAGAGAAGCUCAUGAGAGAGAGAUGGCAGAACAGUUUCGUUUGGAGCAGAUUCGCAAAGAGCAAGAAGAGGAACGUGAGGCCAUCAGACUCUCCUUAGAACAAGCCCUUCCUCCAGAGCCAAAAGAGGAAAAUGCUGAGCCUGUCAGCAAGCUGCGGAUCAGAACCCCCAGUGGCGAGUUCCUGGAACGCCGUUUCCUGGCCAGCAAUAAGCUCCAGAUUGUCUUUGAUUUUGUGGCUUCCAAGGGAUUUCCGUGGGAGGAGUUCAAGCUACUGAGCACCUUUCCUAGGAGAGAUGUAACUCAGCUAGACCCCAAUAAGUCAUUAUUGGAGGUAAACUUGUUCCCUCAAGAAACCCUUUUCCUUCAAGCAAAAGAGUAAAUGUGACUCAGCGAUGGAACCAGCCACUCCUGACAAGCCAGCGGCACAUGUCAAGAGAUGGGCUCCUCACCAACCCACCUACAUGCUCGUCUCACUCAAUUCAAUGUCACACUUCUGCCUCUUGCAAGAUUGCUGGAAAAAAAGUAAUAAACAUAGCUACUUAAAAUUUCCCAUCCCUGAGUAUAUGUUCCCCAGCCCUCUUGACGGAGUGCUACAGCUCCAUUGCCCCUCCUGAUACCUGCACUUCGCCCUUGUUCAAUGACUGAUGCACUGUUGAGUGUAAGUGACCCUGGUAGAACUUUACCUCUUUCCCCGCAAAGUCUAGGACAGUUCUUGUGUCAUUGACAUCAGGAUGUGUGUAUUUGCUAUGUCUCAUUGAGCCAGGGCUCAUACCCUCUGCCUUUUUAUGUGCAUAACUGGAUUUUAAAAGGCAGAGAGAAAAAAGUCAGAUAGGACAUUGUUGGCCUUGAGGCUGGACAUUUUGGGGGUGGGGAAGUCUAUCAUGUAUCUGAGUCCUUUACUAAGAUGUGAAGUUGCUAUUAGAAAACUGAUUCGACACAUAUGCAAGGUAUUUAUAUACUGCUGUCAUGGGCUCCAUAUUCCAUCUUCAAGGGACUUUUUUUUUUUCUUUUUGUCUGUUUCAUUGCAGCUUGGGGAACUAUUCAAGUACCCAGUGUGUUGAAAUAGUGUGCAAAGAGUGCUAGUACCAAGACUUUCUAUAGGCCAGCUGUGGG